AUGUUGCCCUCAUCGGUGCGGCGCGUGAUUACCGCGGCGCCCCAGGCCAGCGGUUUGGCCGCAACCCUCGUAUCAUCAGCCCCCAAAGCCGCCGCUUCGGCUCCCUUCAUAAGCCACAACCAUCAGCGGAGGUUCUCUUCGUCGAAACCUUCGAGAUCAGAUAAUGGAGCGAGUGAUCUACCGGCGGGCCAGUCCGUCCCCGCAUCCUCGGGUUCCUCUCGGGGCCAGGGCAAGGCAGGGGGUGAGAAGAGGAAGCGCAAGGCUGCCGAGCGUGACCCAACUUUGAAGAACCUGCCGAGCGUUCCUAACACGCAUCAUAUGUCUGGAGAAGCUCUGGGACUUUCAAGUUUCUUUUCUCUGCACCGACCGAUCUCUAUCACCCAAACCAUGCCUCGGGCUGUAACAGACGAGCAGUUUGCUUCCAUCUUCGCGUCUCGAUCGAAAUCGAACACCGUUUCCGAGACUAUGUCUACACUGUCAAAUACCAUCGACCAGUUGGAAGGACCCAUGGCACAGAUGACUAUCAACACGCAACAAGAAGGCCACGGCGAUGGGGUGCACCGCAUGGAUUUUAAGAACCCCGACGGAAGCGAGGCCAGCAUCUAUCUUGAGGUGGACGCCAUGUCUGGAGACUUCCUCCCAUUCCGCCCCCCUCCUCUGCCUCAACCACAGUCCGCCGCCGAAUCCACGCCUGUCGUAGAGGCCGAGCCUGCUGAGGAUGCUCAGCAUCACCGCGUGUACAAGGCCAUGUUCACGAUCGAGGAGGCCACCGAGCCCGACGGCCAGAUCAGGAUUGUUGCCCACAGCCCCCGCAUCAUCCAGGAUGCGCAGCCCAGAAGUUUCCUCGAGCGACUUGCUCGACGUCAGCUCAAGUUCGACGAGGCUCAGGGCCAACGGGAUAUGCACGCCAUCAGUGUCAAGAGACAACGAAAGUUGAAGAUGAAGAAGAAGAAGUACAAGAAGCUCAUGAAGCGGACGAGGAACCUUCGCCGCAAGCUUGACAGGACAUAG